UCUGUGUACAUGUAAUUACAUUUACAUAACAAAGACUUUUAUUGUGAAGAGGAGUUUGACUGUGCUGGGCGUUUUCGUCUCUGUCCAGCUUCACGUCGCCGGGAUAAUUAAAAAGCAGCUUGUUGGCGAUUAAAACAGCUAGCAUGGAGGUAGCUUUCAGUCGCUAGCUGCUUCUGCUGAUGGUGUGUUUCGCUGUGAGUUUAGCUCAGGGACAGUUUGUGGGUAUUGCAUCACUGACCGGAUGAUGUCCGCCCAGCCUCUGCGGCAGCAUCAGCAGCCCGGGGAGGAUUCAGCAGCUUGCUAACAGAGCCAGCCCGGCUAGCUCAUGCUGAUGACUGGCUGUUUUCCUGGCAUUGACUUUCAGUGGGAGGCACCAUGUCCGGUAAGGUUAAGUGGGUGACAGAUAUUGAGAAAUCAGUGCUUAUCAACAACUUUGAGAAAAGGGAAUGGAUUCAAGUUACAGAAAACGACGACUGGAAUUUCUACUGGAUGAGCAUCCAGACCAUCAGGAAUGUGUUCAGCGUGGACACUGGUUACCGCCUGUCAGAUGACCAGAUGGUUAACCACUUCCCCAAUCAUUAUGAGCUGACUAGGAAGGACCUGAUGAUCAAGAACAUCAAACGCUAUCGCAAGGAGCUGGAGAAAGAAAGCAGUCCGUUAGCGGAGAAAGACGAGAAUGGAAAAUACAUUUAUCUGGAUUUCGUCCCGGUGACGUUCAUGCUUCCUGCUGAUUAUAACCUCUUUGUGGAGGAGUUUCGUAAGAAUCCAUCCAGCACCUGGAUAAUGAAGCCCUGCGGGAAGGCCCAGGGGAAAGGCAUCUUCCUCAUUAACAAGCUGUCCCAGAUUAAAAAGUGGUCGAGAGACAGCCGCACCUCAACGUUUGUAGCAGCAUCUAGUGGCAAGGAAGCUUAUGUCAUCUCUCUGUACAUUGACAACCCUCUGCUGAUAGGGGGGAAGAAGUUUGACCUGCGUCUUUAUGUCCUGGUGACCACAUAUCGACCCCUGAAAUGCUACAUGUACAAGCUGGGCUUCUGCCGGUUCUGCACAGUGAAGUACACACCCAGCACCAGCGAACUGGACAACAUGUUUGUGCACCUCACUAACGUGGCCAUCCAAAAACAUGGGGAUGACUACAACCAUGUCCAUGGAGGGAAGUGGACGGUCAGUAACCUCCGUUUGUACUUAGAGAGCACCAGAGGAAAGGAGGUGACAAACAGGUUGUUUGACCAGAUCCACUGGAUCGUGGUGCAGUCACUGAAGGCUGUAGCUCCUGUGAUGAACAAUGACAAGCACUGUUUCGAGUGUUACGGGUAUGACAUCAUUAUUGAUGACAAGUUGAAGCCAUGGCUUAUUGAGGUCAACGCCUCUCCCUCGUUGACAUCCAGCACAGCCAAUGACCGCAUCCUUAAGUACAACCUCAUUAAUGACACCCUCAACAUCGUAACACCCAAUGGGGAUAUUCCAGACUGCCGCUGGAAUCGGAGUCCGCCUAGGGAGGCCCUGGGCAACUAUCAAAUCCUGUAUGACGAAGAGCAGGCGCAGAGCGAGAAUGCUGAGCGUGACCUGCGGAGCCGUUCCGGUCAGUCACUUGGGUCAAAGGGCACCAAGGGGAGUGCAGGCGUUCGCCCCACUGCCGCCACCUGGAAGUAAAGCGAUAAUUUUUCCCUAAAAUUGACUUCCUGUACAACACUCCAGGGACCUUCUGUGGUGAACCACUUGGACUUCUUUUUUUUUUAGCACAUUGGACAGAUGCUCCCUCCGUCCACAUUUCACUGACUGUGGCACAGGGAGCAAUGGCACUGCUGCUCAGUGAAGAAAAAUCAGCUAUGUGCUCACAUUGAGAAGGUUGAAAAGCUUGUGUUUGUCACUGUUUAUAUGAAUGUAAAACAAAAUAAGUGGAACUGACAGUGCUCUGACAGGUUUAAGGUCAAAUCAAGUAGGUCAAAUAUCACAUACAGCAGCGGUUUCCACACUUAAGACAAGUGCUGAUGAAAUCUUCGGAGAUGGACAUGAAGGAUUACUAUGCAUGACAUUGGAUUGCUGACACUUUAACUUGACCUUCCACACCGGUGCUAAUGAGAACAUACACUGUAUGGUAAUGAAGUGGUAUAAAGUUAUCAAAUAGAAGUGAUUUAAAGAUUUAAUUUAUUAAAAGGCAGUCGAUAGGCAGAAUUAGCAGUACUAAAUGUUAACAGACUUUAUUCAUUUUUUGUACGUUCAUUAUCAGUAUGUUUUGCGGGGUUUUGAUGAUUGUAUUCCUCUUGCACUUUAUUUCUUUACAUGUGCUUUAAAAAGUAUGUCUCAUUUCGAGUCUGACCCGUUGUCACAUCUGCUGAAAAUUUAAAUGCUAAUUAUAUGUGUUGGGAUGUUUUCUUAUUGCCUGCUCAUUUCCUUCAACUACUAAAAAACUGAAACACUGAUGAAGAGUUAUCGUCCAUCUUUCUGAUAACUGGAUUUGGGGCUAAAUGAUAUUGGCGACAAGCUGAGAAAUAAAUCUUGGUCUUUUAAAAUAAAGUUACAAAACUCCCUCUUA